AUGAGGCUCAACCCGCUCAAGUGCGCCUUUGCCAUGGAAGCUGGGAAGUUCUUGGGGUUCAUGAUCACCCAAAGAGGGGUAGAGGCCAACCCUGAGAAGUGCCAAGCGAUUCUCCAGAUGAAGAGUCUGGGUUGCAUCAAAGACGUCCAGCGGCUGGCAGGAAGGCUGACGGCGUUAUCCCGUUUCCUCGGCGCAUCGGCAGCGAAAGCCCUGCCCUUCUUCAAUCUAAUGAAAAAGGGGAUAGCAUUUGAAUGGACCCCAGCCUGCGAGGAAGCAUUCAACCACUUCAAGGAAACCCUAGCAACACCUCCGGUGCUCGGAAAGCCCAAAGCCGGAGAGCCACUCUACCUCUACCUAGCAGUAACAGAGGAAGCACUUGCAGCAGUGCUCGUGAUAACCCGUUUCGGUAUCCCGGAGGUCGUCAUUUCGGAUAAUGGGACGCAAUUCACUGACAAGAAGUUUACGGAGUUCCUCACCGGCCUAGGAGUAAAACAGAAGUUUUCCUCAGUGGAACACCCCCAGACAAAUGGACAAGUGGAGUCCGCAAACAAAGUCAUCUUGCUUGGCCUCAAGAAACGCCUAGACAACAAGAAAGGCGCAUGGGCCGACGAGCUCGCUUCGGUCCUAUGGUCCUACCGAACAACCGAGCAAAGCGCUACGGGGGAAACCCCUUUUCGCCUAACGUACGGGGUCGACGCGGUAAUACCCGUUGAAAUCGGCGAACCGAGCCCGCGGCUACUACUCGCAGGUGUGGACGAAGCGGUGGAAAAGGACCUGGUGGAGGAGACGAGGGAGAUGGCCCACUUGUCAGAAACGGCGUUGAAAUAA